AUGCCAAAAGUUAUAACAUCCAGUAUGGCAAAAGUUACAACAUCCAGAUCUCGCUCUAGUUCACCAUCCGAAAUUGUACGUGAGGCCGGUCGAAUGCCUAUCGCUCGACAAGAAAUAGAUCUUAGCAAGGAGCCUCGUGAAGUGGUACAGUUGGUAAAUGAACUUAUUCAUGAAUAUGGUGAUGUUCGAACGACGAAACGGAUAGACCAUUUAUGGAAUUCUUCGGUCAAUACUAGAGCCAAAACAAUCCCACGUCCACAAAACUGUUUUAUACUCUUUCGCAACGACAUAACGGCCGAGUAUAAUCCACAGAAAGGCGAUCAUAGUAGCGAUAAGAAAAGAACUGGAAAAAACGUUCCAAAAUCGUCUAAAAUUGCAAAAGAAAGAUGGGCGGCUAUCAAGAGAGACCAGCAUGAAUACCAAUUUUGGAUAAAAUUAACAGAAAUUGCGAAAUUAAAACAUGCAUUAUUAUAUCCAAAUUAUAAAUAUUCUCCUGUUAGAAAUAAAGAAGCAAGGAGCAGUGCUGGUAGAAAACGUAAAAGAUCGAAUAACACUAACGAGCAAUACAGUCAAGACAAAACACCACCCGCUUCUUCUUUGGCAUCUUCAAUCAUACCACCUAAAGAAAGGCAAACCUCCUGUUUAUCGCCUACGGUCAUUGAACAACAAAUCAUCCCUCAACAAAAUACACAAAAUAUUGUUGCCCAAAUAACUCCCAUUUCUUCUUUGGUAUCUUCAACCAUGCCAUCUAAAGAAAGACGAAGCUCCUCGUCUUAUUAUUUAUCGCCCACGAUCAUGGAACAACAAAUAAUCCCACAACAAAAUAUUGCUGCACAAAUAACGCAACAAUAUUUAACAUCAAGUAAUAUGACGUCUGCAGGUCAACAUCAAUAUAUUCAAACGGCUCCACAACAAUUUAUCAAUCCAUCUGUACUCUUAACAACCUCUUCUGGACAACAAUAUCUUCAAUAUUAUCAACCACGAACACCUCAGCACGUAACUUAUGCUAUAAUGCCACCUUCAACUCCACAGCAGCUCCAACAACAAAUACCUCAAUAUAUAUCAUCUGGUGCUAUAAUUUCUCCAUCACAACCGCACAGUCAACCAUCUUCUGCUGUAACCCGAUUCAAUCCAAGAAUCGAAUAUUAUCAAGAUGACUUGUUUAUGUUAGGCAUAAAUGGAUUAAUUGAUCCUGCAUUACUUCAAACUGAUCCAUACUUAUCCAGUUUUAGCAGUUUUGGUAGUUUUAGCAGUGAGGAUCCUUAA